GCCUCGGAGAGCAGUAGCUGAAGGCACAGCUGCCAGUGGUGCAACGGAGGAUUCGGGGGACGAGGCCAGACCUGGUGGAGUGAAGGCCACGGGUAUUGUUGUGAGUGGAGAGGAGGUCAGAGAGUGAAACUGGAAACUGACUCCAGAAGCUGACAGACUGCUUGAGGGUGAGCGAGAAAGAUUCUGAACUCGGAGGAAGCAGGUUUCAUCUAACAUUGGGGAGAAGACAGUGGAAUCCAACUUGACAACUGGGAUGGAUCUAAAAGAUAGGUUUGGCACAAUGGAAGUGGACAACUCAGAUGAUGACAUAAUCCACACAGGUGUGACAAGGAAAAGGACAACAGUAACAACAACAACAACAACAAAAUUCAGUUCUGAUACACCUUCCAAGACGAAAGGAUGUGCCACGACAAGCAAAGUAUCUCCACAGAAGAAGCGUAAGAGACAAAGCGCUGGGGCUCAGAUGUCGGAGGAAAAUAAGGAAGUGCUGCAGCUAUGUAAAGAUUUGGAGAAAGAAACAAGGGAUCUUAUCAACAAGGUGCACAUGAAACUCGAAAAUGUUGGGUGCACUGACCCUGAGGAGAAGGAGCUGCUCAUCACCCUGAAAGAAAAGGCUUCCAUAUUAAAAAGCAAAACCCUGCUGGACAAGAUCUACAUUGGUGUAUUUGGAAAAACAGGAGAUGGAAAGAGUUCGCUGAUAAAUGCUGUUUUGCACAAACACGGAUUACUGCCUACGUCAUCAUGCACUGCGUGUACAUCAUCCAUCAUAAAUGUGGAAACCUACAGUGGCCGCAGGUUCAAAGCAGACAUUGAGUUCAUUACUGAGGAGGUAAUGGUUAUCCUGAGCUUCAUGUUACUGGUCUCCAUUAUCGGAGGCCAAAUCUUUAGCCGCUGCAUUCCUGAAGAUGAGGAAUGUCUAAGUCACUGGGAAGGUGCCUCAACCAUCCUGUUUUAUUCCUAUCGUUCCAGAAUAGUGUGA